AUGACGUCGGAAAAGCGACGGAAGCUCGUGUCGCCGCGUCCAGGGGACCAUGGAGGAGAGCGCAGGCCCGGAGCCUCCGGCGGAGGCGCUGGAGCUGCUUCGCAUCGAGCUGGAGCCCGAGCGGAGCGGGAGGUCCCGGCCGGAGGCGCUCGACGGCUCCCUCUCUAGGAACGCACUGCGGAAGCGGAGGAACUGGGAGCGCAGGCUGGCGGCCAGGAGGAGCCGCAGAGCGGACGAGAAGCGGAGGAGGAAGCAGCUGCGACGAGCUGAGGAGGCGGGCGGUGCGCGGACAGCAGGCGGCGGCGGCGGGGGGGAGGACAGCGCGCGGCACAGCACGCGGCACAGCACGCGCGCCGCCAAAGCGCUCGUCCGGCAGCGGCUCGCAGACGCACGAGCAGCGGGACAGCGACUCUGCGUGGACCUGAGCGUGUCGGACAGCAUGUCGGCCAAGGAGACGAGCCGGCUGGCGGCGCAGAUCCGGCGCCUGUACGGCUCCAACCGCAGGGCGGCGCGGCCCUUCCACCUGUACCUGGCGGGGCUGCGGAAGGACAGCCUGCUCUUCCGGGAGUGUCGGCGCAUGAACGACGGCUUCCAGGACUACGCGAUGGACGUGACGGAGCGCAGCUUCCUGGAGCUCUUCCCCCCCGACGCCAUUGUCUACCUGACCCCGGACGCCGAGCAAGCCCUGGACCUGGUCGACCCACACAAGGUGUACAUCCUCGGGGGGCUGGUGGACGAGAGUGUGCGGAAGAAGGUGACAUACCGGAAGGCCUGUGAGGGAGGGGUCAGCAGCGCCAGGCUGCCCAUCGAUGAGCACAUGGUGAAGAGGGUCAACGGCAAGAACUUCCACUCGCAGGUCCUGGCCAUUAACCAGGUCUUCGACAUCCUGCUCAGUUUCUGUGACACUGGCAGCUGGCCGGCAGCCCUGGCCAGGGGGGUCCCCCCCGGGAAAGGGUACGAGGUCUGUCCAGAGACCGUCCCCUAAAUGCAGCACUGAAGAGCGCUUGCACUUGGCGGUUCUACUCCACUGUAGGUGCCAUGGCGCUGGGCAAAGACGUGGAGAGGUGGCCAUCCUGCUGUUUCUGUGGGAAUGGGCAACACUGCUCAUGAGGCUUACCGCAGUUAUUGGAGGCCACGCCCCCAAGUGGACCCUGACGACAUCCACAACCCCCCAGCGUUGUCCGCUGUUCGGCCACAUUGUGGUCAUUUCAUGGUGGGAGGAAGAUGCUGGUCUCUCUCUGGAAUGUCUUUAAGAAUUAAGCCUUUCUAGGGAUUCUGCUUUUUAUUCUUGUCCAGGUUGUAAAUAAAUGUGUGAU